AAAAUCACACAAGAUUUGGAGAAGGGAUAACAAAUUCCAAAUCUGAAAAAAUGGGGCAAACUGAGGUAGUAAAGGUGAAGAAAACCGAAGGGACAUGUGACGGAUUGAUGAUGCCACCAGAAAUAAGGCCAAUUUGCGCAGAACAACAAAAGGUGGUUCUCUUCGCCUCUCCCUUAGGAUGAAAAAAUCCUGAUGGGAGCCGCAGUUUACGCUCCCAGAUGCUGCGACUUUUCUCUCUUUGGUUGCUCUAUCCCCUAUGAAUACCUUCCCAUCGGUCUCCUUUCUACUUUUGAUGUUUAGAAAACUGUGAUAAAAAAAACCCCAAAAAGCUUCAAAUCCACUUCAACCGCUUUUGCUACCAAACCCUCUAGCAAAAUCUUCGCCGUGCACCUUUUAUCGAAGCCAGUUGCUAUUGUUCUCUUGCUCUAGAAUUCCCACAUCGCAUCUGUUUGGAUCUAGAGGAGAUUGAUCACAAGGGCACACCGAGGACCCUAUGUUUUCAUCAAUUUGAUUUUAAUUGGAGUUCUUGAGUUGGAGGAUGGGUUUCUAAGUCAUGUGAUUGCUUUGCAGGUAACUUCUCUCCCAGAUGAAAUUGCUUUUACUCAAUUCGAAAGCUCCUUCUUAGCAUUGGAUAUUCAAUUCAGGGUCCAAAGUUGUGAAAUCUUAAUUGUAGGUUUAAAGAUUCAAUCAGUCUUUUUUUGGAGUUAUUUAGUUGAUUUUAGGUUAGCUAUACUGUUAUGCAUUUGUGCUCCGAUGUGUUGGGGAAUUGAGAGUGUUUGUGUUCUUCUUUGUUGUGUUAUGGUUUUGAUUGGGAGGCUGGAUUUGUGCUAUAUUUUUCCUAAAUUCGGUAUCAUCAGAAUCUGUUUUGGGGAUUAAAUUGGUUCAUCAAUUUGGAGAUGGUUCUGAGCAUAAUUGGAUUUUUAGGAAGAUUGAUGGCGUUCCCACCUCUGCUUGUAGAAUAGCUUAGAGAAUGGCUUUUACCAAGAUGUUGGGUGUUUAACUAAGGGUUUUGGUGCUUUGGGAAUUAUGAAGAGUGAUGUUGGCUUUACUUAUGUUUCCUAUUUAUGUUAUGUCACUAGUUUUAUUUCUAUUGUUGCUUUGUUAAGAGAAGGGGAUGAUAUAAGGAGAGGUACUGAUGUAAUUAAGGGGUGGGUAGUACGGAGUAGGUCAUUGAA